UCAAAGCAAAAUAGUUCCAAAAGAAAAUUUGAAAAUGGAUAACAUUUAUCAUAAGGAAGCUGAAUUUCAUAAAAUGAAUUUACAGCUUGAACUUAAAACUCAAGCAUUAAUUGAUGAAGUGGAUACCGUAAUUAAAAGUCAAGAAGUAAGACAUACAAAUCGUCCAAAAACUACGACUUUAAAACGACAAGAUUCAUGUGCAGUUUUAUCCGAGGAUAAUUAUUCUAACUUUGAAGAUAUUGACUUUGCCAAUUCAGCCGAAAAUAAUAAACGUAAUACGACGUUAAAUGGUAUUGCUAAAUUUCUUAAAAUGAAAAUGUUGAAAAUGCAAGAAGAAGUUAAACGGUUACAAAUUGAAUUUAAACGCAAGAGUGUCCCAGGAGUAACGGGCGUCCUUGUUGAAUUAUGUAAAUAA